AUGGACAUCCCGGAGACUGCGCCAGUUACCGUUAAAGUCUACUUGUCUCGUGAAGAAAUUCUGGGCAAAAAGUUGUACAGCUGCUUGAUCGAGAACUGCGCCGCGGUGUUUCACAAUCCGUCUCACUUGCAGAUGCACACUGUACGGCGUCACAAAACUGCUGCCAAGCUGGAACCGACGACAAAAGACUCUGUGAACGUGAACAAACAUUUCUACUGUCCUUGGCAGAACUGUCUCUACUUUCAGACGCCUUUGGGGCCGCCGAAUGAUGCACGGCACUUUCUUUCGUUUCGAAGUCUAAAGCAACACGCGCUGAAGGUUCACGAAGCGCGAACGUUUGUCUGUACGGACUGCGGUAAAUCAUUCGCCACGCUUUACUUUUUGAAGCAUCAUCAACAAUCGUGCGGCAAAUCUUUUAUCUGCGCACACUGCCCGUCGGACUUUGGCUCGAGAGAAGCGUUGCUUACACACGCCAAGAGAAAACGGCACGGCUAUGAGGAGUUGCUAGCUACGAAGGUACCGCGAGGAGCUAACGUGAAUUCUCAGAUCCACAAUGACGUUACCAUGCCACCAAAAGCCAAUGAGAAUAAGGCCGUUAGCACCGCCACACAGACCAACGUGGAUGUUACGACGUACCAGGAUCAAGCAACACAAACGGUGGAAUCGUUCAAACAGCCACCAAACCUCGUUUCGUAUGAUAAAUCCGUGAUGAUAGAUACACCGGUAGACACGGCAGACCUGUACCGUGUGGACAGUGGAACAUCGUCCCUUCCCUACGCAUUCCUUAGCGCGCAGCAUCUUAUCGGUGCGAGCGAGUUUCCGACGAUCCCCGUCGUGUGCACCGAAACGCAGACAGAUUUCAUCGAUCUCAUGCUGGCGAAUGCAGCCGAAAACCGUCACGACCCACUCCUUUCGCACACGCACAUGUGCACCCAAACCGGGUCUGACGAACCGGGACUGUUCUCUGAUCUGGGCCUGUCCACGAUCGAAACCCAAACCUGCUGGAGUGAAGAUGGCGACGGCGAAACGUUCGGCGACUUUCUCGUGUCGACGGAAACGCAAACUAAUUUCGAUAUCGAUAGUUUCGACUGCACCGGCAGUUACUGCCCGAGAGCGGGCACUGGUGACCGGAACGAGGCGCCACCGAAAUGCAAGCAAACGCAAGCGCCAGCUAAUUGUAGCGAUUUUCUUAACGAUGGGGACACUCUCGAUAGCUCCAGCCCGUCGUCGCAAACCUCAUGAUGUUCGGUGGCGUGUUACGACGAUGAGAAGUUUCGCUUCCCGUUUUAGGAUCUCGUCCUGAG